AUGGAGGAGGACUUGGCAUUGCAUUUUGAAAAAGGUCAGUUUUUGAACGUUGACUCAUGCGGGCCUUACACGUUGCAGGUUCACCCUGGAAGAACAGUUCUCACCGGUGGCGUAGUGGACUUGCAGGAAAAGAGUUGCACUUGCGGCUUGUUCCAGUGCAUGAAGUUUCCUUGUCCUCAUGCAUGUGCUGCAUCUCAGGAGCGAAGUAUUAGCGUGUACACACUAUGCUCGCCAUAUUACACAACCGAAUAUUGGAGGAGAACAUACGAAGGAACAAUUAUGCCAGUUGGUGACGAGGAUGAUUGGGAAUUACCUGAUGACAUAAAGAACAUGACAGUUGGAGUGCCUGUUGAGAAGCAACCAGUAGGGCGACCCAAGAAGCAAAAGGUUGGAAGAAUUAAGAACAACCGAACUGCUUGUAAUGGUGAAAGGAUUAUCAAAUCACGAAAAUGUAGCAAGUGCGGUGCCACGGGACACAACAGAAGCACUUGCACCUACCGAGGUUUAACAUAA